AUGACGGCACCAAACAAACUCAUUUUCAAUUUCUCAAGCGAACCAGCACCAGACAAUUACAUCCGUAAAAAGGCAGUAACACCACGACGGAAGCCAGCGGAAGUCUUGGAGAGGCCGACCAUUGUGGUUGAAGACGACCAUUCACCUCUCUUUGAGCCCCUGUCUGAAGCGACCCCUGAUCAAAUUGAUGUAAGCAAUAAAGCAGUAGAUAUGUCGACCAACGCAAAGGUGAGCGCGCCCCUGUCUAAAACCUACUUUCAUCUCGUUGAUUGUUUGCAGGCCAAUCGUCGAGUAGACCCACUAAAAACUCCCGCUCACACAUCUCUGAGUGGUCGAAGCUCACAAGUAAGAGGCAGCACCUACCAGUCGAUCUCUCGAACGCCAUUCAGACCUGACGCCAUCACCUAUCACGACGGCGACAGCUGCAGCCGUGAGAUAUGGCAGCCCGGUGAUGGAGAUGGUGUGAGAGAUAGCGAGUUUCCCGGCAAUAAGUUGUUCAAGGAGAGAUAUCGCUUCUUCCAAAGUGAUAUCGGUCCCAUUGGACGCGGAGCCAAUUCACCUCCACAUUUUGUGGCACUCGACGACAAAGCCGUUUGGGACAUCGUUACAUCCAAGAAGUACACCACAAAAGAAAGGGGUACAUACUGGCCUCUCGACUUUAUGGCAAAUGGCAGUCUCAGGGCCGGCAGACGCCACAAAGGAAGAGCAGCAAUGGUCGCCAACGAAAGCCAAGGGCAUGUCGAGGGGGUAAAUAACCAGAGGGUGGGGUCCGUCCCCUGGGUCAAGGCAGGCAGCAAACCCAACGUGAUCAAAUACUAUCUCUCCGGCGAAGAUGGCGGGUAUAAAGAAGUUGUUUUCGGCUCUGGCGCAACCAUAAAUGAUACUUCCAACCAGCAGGCAUCAUCCCAAGGAGGUCACAACAGCGGCAACAGAACGGAGUAUGCGACAGCAGGCACCACUACGCAUCUCAACAAUGGCAGUAGGACAGAAUAUGCCACCAAGCGAAAGGCAGACCAGCCUCUGAACCCUCGACAUGAUCGUCCCAAAGUCGGUAAGUAUCUACAUUCGACACCAUCUCCAGACUGGCCUGGCGGAGUCAGACGUCUGAACAAACCUCCAAUAGCGAGAGCGGUUGGCGACAACGAAGUCGAACCUCUUAAUGGCUCAGAAUGGUCCCCUACGACAAGAGUUGGUGGCAAGACUGUCUACGCACGCUACGACUAUGACGAAGAAGAACCUCAGCGUAUCAACGGUCGUCUUGUAGCAUCUGGUGCGCGAACACCAUAUAUCGGUGGUGCGAAGACCCCAUACCAGAACCACUCGAUGGGCGCACGAACUCCUUACCAGAUGUCAUCACUGGAAACGAAGACUCCAGGUCCGCAAGUUCCAUCGGGUAAACCGGCUCUAUAUCAUGGCGUGAGUGAAGCACAGCCAAGUCAACAACCGCUUUGGCAGGACGUCAAGAGAAUGGGAGAGGAGCUCGAACAGGCAAAGGGCAUCUUGCGUAUGCGGGAUGAGGAGAUUUCGAACCUCAAGGCACAAAUUUAUGUUCUGGACGCAGACAGACCCCGUACACAACAGGCAGUCGGUGCAAUGGCGAACAAAGAUGAUGAGAUUCAGAGAUUGAAGGAGGAGAUCAGGGGUUUGAAGCAGUAUUUGCGCCGAGCGUGA